UAAUGAUAUAUGAUUAGAAAGGUAGGUAUGGAAGAAGUGAUGGAUACUUCAAGGUUGGACUCGUCAGAAGCUCAUCUCGAAAAGUUCGCCAAGGCCAAGAGAGAGCAACGAUUAAUCUAUGAUGUCACCGGUCAUCUCAUUACGAGAAUAAAAUCCGAGCUGGAAGAAUUGAAACCUGAAAAUGACGUAGAUAUAGACCCAUCAUCGUUGUUAGAGAAGAUGAAACUUCUUGAGGGGAGAAUCGAGAGCCUCACGAGUGACUUGCUUAGAAAGAAAAUGAAAGUGGCGUUCUUUGGAGGAACCAGUAGCGGGAAGACAACUACCCUGAACGCCAUGAUUGGCCGAGAACUUCUCCCAUCGGGAAUGGGCGAUACGACAAGCUGCUUCAUUCAGAUCGAGAAGAUGGGUAUUGUUUCUGAGAGCAAAGGCGCCUCAUGUCCUGAAGAACGAAAUCAUUUCGUCAGCAACUGCAGCACAAACUCAACAAUGGACAAUGAAAAUGACGACAUCCCACGAACGCCUUCUUAUUUUGUUGUUAGAGAAGUCGAGUGUAGGGAGAAAGAAGCGUCUCUUCAUUCGCUCCUAGAAGACAGACAGCCUCUCGAUUCAGAGGCCUUGGAAGAUCUGUGCGACGCCAAGUCGAUUCGCUCUUUGGAUGCGACCUAUCUCAUAGAAAUACACUUGUCAGGUGACGAAGUAACAAACGACAACCUUCUGAAUUAUGACCUUCAGAUCAUGGAUUGCCCAGGUAUCACGAAAUGUCGAGAGCUCGGUGACAGGGUGAAAACCUUCUGCGCAGACUCAGAUGUCCAUGUCUUUAUUGUGAAUCCCAAGACUGUCAUGUCACCAGAAGAACGGGAUCACUUUGUCGAAGUAGGCAAGCGUCUUCCUAAGCCUGACAUCAUUGUAGGUUACACUCAGUGGGACUUAGCAGCGAGAGAAAGACGCCCUGAAGAGGUUAAAGCCCGACACGUCGACUCAGUGUUUGGUAUGCUGAAAGAACUCGAUGUCGUAAGUACGAGAGAAGAAGCACAGGAAAGAUGCUUCUUUUAUUCUGGUAGAGAAGCAUUGGAUUUGGCUAUUGGCGAGAAAGAGUAUUUGGUCAAAGGUUGGGAAAAGCGAAGAGAAGAUUUCAAGAGGUUCAUUUCCAAAAUAGAGGAGAGAGCCACCUCUUCUGGUAUGACUGCCAAAUUGAAAAUCAAUCGAGACACAUGCCAAGAGAUCUUAUUACAGUGCUUCAAAAGCCUUGAAGAAGUUAUUGCAGAGAUCCAGAAACGGAUGUCAGAUGGCCGAGUAAACAUGGACAAUAUGACGAAGAGUCUAGAAUUAUUUCAGAUAAAACGAGCCGAGUUUGUAAAAGAAAGCGAUGACAAGAAAGACAACGCUUUGAAGGUGAUCUCUGAAUCGGUAUUGCACUGUAUGAAUGAAGUGAGUAAGAAAAUGACCCAGACCUUGAAAAGGAGCUCCGUGAUCAACAGAUUUGAGGAAGAUCAGGUUCAUAGAUACGCCGAGAACGCCCUCAUGAAUUGGUAUCGCAAGAUGCUAGCUGAGUUUCAGCGCGCUACGGAAAAGGUCUGUGAUGACUACUCAUUUGGUAUCCUUGAAUUGUAUGAAAAACACAUGAAAGACUUCCCCCAUCAAGCACCGAGGGCAUUUCAAAUUCGUAUGAAACAGCUUGAAGAAGAAGCCGAGAUUCCAGAGGGUGCGCUCCAGAGGGCGCUAACAGGGAUCACCGAGAGAGCUGUAUGGUCAUCGUUUGCUUCAAGACGCAGAAGGAUCAGCGCAGUCGAAACCGAUGAAGAACGUAAUAUUUUACUGCGCAGAAUCGCGGCGGCAGCCGGGGUGUUUUUCACUCAAGUUCGACAGUGGAUCAGAGCCUCUAUUGAAAGUAAAUUGGAGAAUCUUACGUCAUCACAACAAAAUUCUCUCAUUUGUCUCGAAGACGUGAAGAAACGAUGCUACGAGGCUGUGGAAGCAUUUUGCAACAGUGCUGAUGUGUAUUACACUGAGUGUUGUACACGUGAUGUGGAGCAAGGGUUGAAAGUCCAGCUCGCAACACAAGAAAGGAAAAAUGAACAGAUGAAACUUCUUUCAAAACACAUGACGAAUCUCAAGGAAGAGGCAGAUCAUAUCCGUGGCAGAUACAAUAUGGACAUGAUGGACGACAAGGAACCAAUAACAGCAUGAACAGUGAUCGUAUUGGAGAAGACUCCAGAGGAGGAAUGAGUUGAUAAUCGACUGAAGUAGGGUGGAAAGUAGGAGGAAAUAGUCGGGAGGGAGAAUACAUCUGCCUCAUUUAUAGUUUACAUGAUCACAACACGGCAAUUGGAACUGUAUUCAUAUAUGCAUAUCCCAUUAUUGUUACAAGCACACAAACACAGUUUCCACAUUCGAAUGUGUAUAUUCCUUUGUUUUGUGUAAAUACAUUUCUUCCUAAAGGAAAUAUUGAUAUAUUACAAUGAAAUUGCCAUUCUAUUGACGUGCUUCCCUUUUAAAAGCAUAAUAAUCAUAAUUUUAAUGUAUAAUGAUAUCCUUACUUUAGAUGUUUUUUAAGAGUGCAUAUUUUUGAUAUCGGGUGUCUCAUUUUAAAUAACUAUAAAUUAUCAAUCUUUGUAAUAUGAAAUGUAUAACUGUCAACCAUUUUAAUCUUUACAUCAUCCGACCUUGUAAAAUAUACAAUACCGUUGUAAUAAAAGAUUAAAUUGUAUUGAAAUUGAAAAGUUGUAUAGUGUCAAUGACCAAGGGUCAGACGUAUAUAAAACACAUAUUGUUGUAAUGUUCCCCCAUGUACCUGCGUACUAUGGAGAAUCGAUUAUCAUUGUGUUUUAUAAUAAAACUUAUCUUAAUCAGUCUUUGAUCUUUUGAUAAUACAACGGCUAGAUGAAAUAGUCUUUAUUUCCUCAUCUCCUCAGAUUUUGGCCAGUCUUGAUAUUUUUACACAAUAACUUCUAUUCACACUUUGCCUUUACUUUGUCAUUUAUUUAAUACAAAUGCGGUAUGUUCAGUUUGAAGACAGGGGACUCGUUGAUUAUUGUGUAUAUA